AUGCGCUGGUUUUUCAAGCGCCGGAUGAAGAGGUUCCUAGCUGGCUGGAUGGGGGAGUACUCGAGCCUGACCAUCUUGGUAGAACCUGAAGUCAAGGAGAUGUCGGCGCUGGCGGUGCCCGAGUACCGCCCCGCCAUGUUGCUGGGCCUGGUGGUGUCGCUGGGUGGCCUCACGGAGCACACGGCCCGGGAGGCUAAGAAGGCGCUGCUGCUGUACCUGGACACCCAGCAAAGGCGCCAGGAGGUAUCCGAGGCGCUGCUGCGCUGCUUCGAGUCCGGGGACAAGCGCUUGCUGGCGCCGCUGCUGAACACCUGGGCGCUGCUGCUGGCCCAGGACCUGGUGCCUGCGCCUUUGGCCUCGGAGCUGCUGCAGCGCGCGCGGCGCGCGGCGCGGUGCCGGGACCCGCAGCGCCUGCGCUGUGCCGUGGGCGCCUUCGUGGGGCUGCUGCGGUUCCCGGCGGUGCGGCGCCAGAGCCUGGAGAUGCUGCUGGAGAUGUUGGGCUUUAGCUUCCCCACGGUUCGGCAGCACACUGCACAAGCGCUCUACAUCCGCUUGCUGGAGGAGGAGGGCGAUUGGCAACUUUCUCCGCCUGGCGAGGCGCCGCAGGCGGUGUCCAGCGCUGCGCUGGCGGAGGUCUCGGAGUUGGUGUCGCUGACGCCCUGGGCCACGGAUGACCUGGAAGCGCUCAAGGAAGCGUUGACAGCCGUCUACAGCAAACUGCAGCUGCAAUUGCCUGAGGCUGGGCUGUCCAUCUUGGCUCCCCAGAAGAAAGUGCAGCCGGAGAGACGAGAAGCGCAGUAUGCUGAUCUGGUGAUGCUCGACAGCAGGAUACCCAAGGGGGACAACUUCACGGAUGAGGAGCCAGAGGACAAUGUGAAAUGGUGGCGCAAGGCUGUUCAGCACACCCGGGUCUUCGCGCGGGUAUCGCCCAUCCACAAGCAGGUGAUUGUGCAGGCCUACCAGAAGUAUGGCUACAAUGGCAUUGGCGAUGUCGUGGCUAUGACAGGGGAUGGCGUCAAUGACGCCCCUGCUCUGAAGCAAGCAGAGGUGGGAGUUGCCAUGGGCCAGCGUGGCACAGAGGUGGCCAAGGAUGCUGCGGACAUCGUGCUGCACGAUGACAACUUCUCCUCGGUUGUCAAGGGUAUGGAGCAAGGACGCCUCUCGAGCGAGAACCUGCAGAAGUCCAUCAUGUACACCCUUUGCUCAAAGGUGCCCCAAGUGGCGCCCACCUUCGGAGAGCUCUUUGGGGUUCCCCAGGCGCUGACGGUGGCGCAGGUGUUGCUCAUCGACAUCGGCACCGACAUUUGGACAGCCAUUGCAUAUGCGCUCCAGCCAGCAGAGUCCAAGCUGAUGGAGCGGCCUCCGCGACACCCCAGGUACGAGAAGAUGGUGAAUUGCAAGGUGUUGGUGUACAGCUACGGAUACAUUGGCCAGCUUCAGAUGAUCUUUUGCUGGGUCAUGUUUUUCUGGGCCACUCCUGGCAUGUGGGAGCUGACCCAGUCCGGAAAGAGUCCCAAUGACUACACUGUGGAGGACUUUACCGUGGACACCAUGGGCAUGACCGUGUACUACUGGACCUUGGUGCUGGGGCAAAUCGCCGCCGCAGUUUCUACCACCACAAAGCUCCAGAGCGUCUUGGGUUUUGGGACGGCGCCUUACUGCUUCCCCAACACCACGCUGAAUCUUAUGUUUGUCGGAGAGGUUGUCAUGGGCCUUGCAGCCAUUUACUGCGCCCCGAUCCAGUCUGCCUUCAAGACAGGCUGGAUCCCAAUGCGGGCUGUCUUGCUUCCCAUCAUCACCUUUGUGGGUAUCACAGUCAUCGAUGAGAUCCGGAAGUGUUUGGCCCGCAGCUGUGAUGAGCAACAGCCGCGGCCCCCAGACUUCCUGACUGACAUUCAGUUGCUCCGGGCUUCCGAAUGCAUCACGGGUGAUGAGUUUUGCCAGGUUGCGGGCUUUGCAUGA